AUGCCUGGUCAGCCUAUGAGCAGAAAAGAGAGCAAUCCGUUCUCUGACAAACAUGAACAACAUGAACGCUCUUCGAUAGAAGGGUCAUCCGCAGACCCUUCAAAGGCGUCUAAUGUAUAUCCAUCGUCUCGAACGUUAUCUCACCAUGAAGGGUCUGAGAUAUUCUUCACGCCGCUUGCUACCCCUAUGCCAGGGGAAGCUAUCGGCUCCGAUGUUGCGAUGGGAUUAUCUCCACAGUUCUUCGAGAAAGGUGCGGAUGCAGACCGGCUUCCUAGCGCAUUAGGGUCACCGACGUCUCAAUUUUCGUCUUCGGUACCUACGACACCUUCGACGGCUCUGUCUGAGGUUGAGUCCGAAUCUGACGGUGAGCGAGAAGUAGAUAUUCAUAAUCUACCUCCUCUUACGGUCAACAUAACGAGUUCAGCCAUAGCCGCUGAGGCUAUAGACCCCGAACUCAUAAGGAAGGGAAAAAGAAAAGUCAAGAUACACAAGUACAUGGCGAUAGCUUUCAUCUUCUCCUUGAAUUUCAUAUUGAUCUUUGCGACUUGGUAUUGGCCUAGAUUCUAUUACCUUUACCUGCCACUGAUUUCAUUGCCACUUGUUCUAAACUGUGUCAUGAUCUUCGAUGUCAUUGUAUGGACCUUGAAAAACAAGGUUGUCAAGCCGAAGAAGGUCAUACCCGAGACCCCGGAAGACUUGGUUCUAUUGAUGCCUUGUUACAACGAAACCUUCGAGGAGUGUACUAGGUCGCUUGACUCACUCGUCAAUCAAGUCAACAUCAGCCAGCACAAACAAGCGAUCAUGGUUAUCUGCGAUGGUAAGGUCCGCGGGCCUGGUAUGGAGAAGUCUACCGCCGACUAUCUUCUACAGGACAUAUUCGCCGAUCAGACCGAGCGGAGGAUGCUUCGUGCUGCAUAUGUCGCAUGGGAUGGGCAGUCGAUGGAUGUCGAAAUUGCGAGAGGAAUGUACAAAGGCAUACCAUUCUACUGCAUCGUCAAGCAGCAAAACCAAGGCAAGCGAGACAGUUUGAUUGUUGUUCGGUCAUUCGUCCACAACUUCAAUGUACGCCACAGACGUCCAAAGGUUAUCUUUAACCCCGAAUUCUUCAAGUCCAUGACCGACUUCCUUGUCAAGGAUGCACACAUCAAGCACUGCGAACUGCUCAUCGGUAUGGAUGCCGACACGGUGUUUGCGAAAGACUGUAUUAGCCAUCUCGUUGACGAGUCUCACUAUCCCGGUACCGUCGGUGUCUGCGGUUACGUUGCCGUUGAUUUCUCAACUGGCAAGUGGAACAUCUGGUCCAUCUAUCAAAAUGCUGAAUAUACCAUCGCCCAAGGAUUACGGCGUCUUCACCAGAGUCUCUGUACCAAGAAAGUAUCUUGUCUACCCGGAUGUUGCCAAGCGCUUCGUGUUUGCGAAGAGACGUGUGGUGACUUUAUCCUUGUCCAAGAAUUCGGCUACCACCCAAAACCAACAGACGGCAUCAUCAAGCGUAUCCGCGCUACGGCCUCCGAGGACCGCAACCACGUGUGCUUGAUGCUUAUGACGUUCCCCAAGGCCAAGACACGACAGGCUUUGAGAGCAUACGCCUUUACAGAUGUCCCUCACACACUCUCGGUCUUCCUCAGUCAGCGUCGCCGAUGGACGCUCGGCGCAACAGGAAACGAUCUAAUGUUACUCGUCGAAGCAUCGUGGAGAUUCAACCUUUGGGAACGAAUUGUCGCACUUUCUAACUGCCUGACCUGGGUCCUUAACUUCUUCGUUAUUGCCAGCUUGGGUGUCAUGAUCUACGCAUUCAUGCACCAACCGGCGUGGAUCAUCUUGAUUUUCGCGUCUAUUAUGAUCAUCCCCCUUUGCUUUUACUUCAGCAUGGUGUUCUGGUUGUGUCGUAGCUGGGAUGAGCGGCGCCAGUUCCUCAUGGGCUUAGUCAUUUUCACCACGUGCGGCCCUUUCAUCAACAUCUGUGUGACCAUCUACGCGUGCAUUUACAUGGACAACUUCGGUUGGGGAAAGACGCGCAAGGUUAUCGAGGAGACCGAGACGGGUGAAGCUGAGGAACCUGACUGGCAGGCACAGCUCGACCGAUUCGAGGACGCGCUUAAUAACGAUGAGAAGAUCGUCGGCACCCUGGUUCCUGACGUAGAGAAUCAACUGGAUCCUGCAGUUUACCGAACGCCGUUCACGGUGCCGACUCCGGAUCCGAGCAGGCUUACGAGCAGAAACCCUAGUUAUAAUCUACAGCCGCCUACUCCUCCUACCGGGACCACGGAACCGGAGCCUAAACCUACCCAUCUUCAGGUUCCGGGCACAUUUAUCACCGACAGCAGGACUGCCAAUUACUACUUAACACGUCCCGCACCCACUCACAUGCCUCCCCAUGUCCUUCACGACAUCGAAAAAGCAGCAACGUAA